CUUUACUUGGAUUAGUUUAUAGAGUAGACAGGGAUGUUGAUGUGUCGAGAGUCAUAGGCCAGAUUGCAGUAUUUAACAAAUGAUUUAUUAUUUCUCUGCGGCCCAGAAGCAAAUGCGCCACGGGCCGGUAUCGGUCCGCGGACCGGUAGUUGGGGAUUACUUCAAUCCAAAUAACCAAGUGUUUGUUGAUUUAAUAUGAAUAUUUUAUAGAAAAACAAUAAUCCUAACAAAUUGAGGAUUAUUAUGAUAUAAUACAAUUACCUCUCUAUAACUGGACUGUUGCUAUUUUUGAAGACGCCACAAUCGAGUUGUUUUGACCGUCCUUGAUCGCCGUAGUUAUUUGUUGUGAUUUUAUGAGUCAAUUCAGGACACUCAAAUGGCUUUCACGUGUUUGUUUUGCAACCAUUUUUAACCCACCGCUGCUGAACAUACUUUUAUUCAUUUCCGUACUUUGUAUAUAGUCUUUAUGGCUCUUUGGGUCAAGCUAACUUUAGCCGCGCUCUUUGUAUUAACAUUUAAUACAUUCUCCGACUUGAGCCACAAGCUCAUUCACGAGACUAGACUUGUCCAAUUCGGCGUUAAACCACAGAAGCCCCCAAUUCGUGACAAACUCGAACCACCUGCCUAUUAUUUUAAGAUCCAACCCUCACGGUGCAUCAUGUCCCCGGAGAGUCGCUUCGACUGCGGCCGCGAUAGAGCGCUGAGUAGGCGGCAGUGUGAAGAGAGGUCUUGCUGUUACUCUCCCCUCAAUGACUCCUCGAAAGCCCCGUGGUGCUUCUACCCUCACUCGUACCCCGGCUAUAAACUGGGGGUGCUGACGCCCACCUUUCGAGGCCAAGCUGCCAGUUUGACGCGGUACACUCCCUCUUACCUGUCCAAGGAUGUGCCCAGUCUUCACCUGGAAGAAACCCACGAGUCUGCAGGCUGCUUGCAUCUCACUUUGAAGGAUCCAUGGUCCAGUCGGUAUGAAGUUGAGCUCCCAGGUGAAUUCCAGAAGGGCAAAACCAGUAGCCAAGAAGCUCUUUAUAAAAUAGAGUACCAGUCCAACCCUUUUGGAUUCAUUGUAAGGCGUGCGUCUAAUGGAAGAGUCAUUGUGAAUAGUACGGUGGCCCCUCUACUGUUUGCUGACCAGUACCUGCAGCUGUCGACCACUCUGGCCUCCUCACUAGUGUCAGGCCUCGGGGAGCAUUACACAUCCCUACGCCUCGACCUUAACUGGACCUCCUUGACUCUGUGGAACAGGGACAUGGCUCCUCAUGCUGGUGCAAACCUUUACGGCUCGCACCCUUUCUACGUGGUACAGGAGGAAGAUGGAUUGGCGCAUGGGGUGUUCCUUCUCAACAGCAAUGCCAUCGAGGUGAUCUUGCAGCCUCUGCCAGCUCUCACGUGGGUUUCCACAGGGGGAAUCCUAGAUUUUUACAUUUUCAUGGGUCCGGACGCUCAGACUGUUAUACAACAAUACCUACAAGUUAUUGGUUAUCCCAUGAUGCCUCCCUAUUGGUCAUUGGGCUUCCAUCUGUGUCGCUGGGGCUACAAAAGCACGAACAUAACACGGCAGGUGGCUCAGCGGAUGCAUGAUGCUAACUUCCCCAUGGAUGUGCAGUGGAAUGAUCUUGACUAUGCAAAUGAAGGCAGGAUCUUCACCAGUGACCCCUUGCAAUUUGGGGACCAUAAAGAGAUGGUGGAUGAAUUCCACCAAAAAGGCAUGAAGUACAUCCUCAUCCUGGAUCCUGGUAUCAGCACAACAAGUCCUCCUGGAACGUACCAUCCCUUCGAUGAUGGACUCAAACGAGAUGUAUUUAUAAAAAAUACUACAGGUCAACUCCUAAUUGGGAAGGUGUGGCCCGGUCCGACGGCCUUCCCCGACUUCACCAAUGCGGAGACCAGACAGUGGUGGGAAGACUGCAUCAUGGAUUUUUAUUCCAAAGUGCCAGUGGAUGGAUUAUGGAUUGAUAUGAACGAACCAGCCAGUUUUGUGUCGGGUUCAAUGGACGGUUGCCCUGACACAGAGCUUGAGAGCCCGCCAUACACACCCAGGGUGAUCGGAGGCCGCUUAAGCGCGUUCACUAUUUGUAUGUCGGCUCGGCAAAACAAGUCAACUCACUACAACCUGCACAACAUGUACGGACUGACAGAAGCCUUCACCACUCACAGUGCCCUAAUGAAAGCACGAGGGAAGCGGCCAUUCGUCUUGUCUCGUUCCUCAUUCCCAAGCAUCGGGCGCUUUUCUGGAGUUUGGACAGGAGAUGUUAGAAGCGACUGGGAGCAACUUACGUAUUCUAUUCCUUCGGUGCUUAAGUUCAGCCUCUUCGGAGUGCCACUGGCGGGGGCAGAUAUCUGCGGCUUUGGAGGCGACACCACCGAAGAGUUGUGUGUGCGAUGGAUGCAACUCGGGGCUUUCUACCCAUUUAUGAGAAACCACAAUGACCGGCCAUACGCUUCCCAAGAGCCUUACAUUUUCGGGGAGAAGGCCCAAACAUCCAUGAGGGAUGCGCUGAACCUUCGUUACUCUCUCCUCCCGUUUCUCUACACGCUUUUCCAUCACGCACAUACCUCUGGCAACACAGUGGCCAGGCCUUUAUUCAUGGAGUUUCCUGCUGAUCCUCAGUGUCGUGUCAUAGACCGCCAAUUCCUCUGGGGGAGUUCACUCCUCAUCAGCCCGGUCUUGGAGGAGGGUGCAGUGGAGGUUGCUGCUUAUCUGCCACCCGGCAUUUGGUACAGUCUGCACAAUGGUCAGCCAUUGUACAGUAAAGGCGAGUACCGCCUCCUGUCGGCACCUCUGGAUACCAUAAACAUCCAUGUGAGGGGGGGGUAUAUUGUGCCUCAGCAGGAGCCUGCUUUAACGACAACAGUCUCCCGCCGAAACCCUUUCCUGUUGACUGUGGCUCUCUCAGCGGAAGGCUUGGCUCAAGGUGACUUGUUCUGGGAUGAUGGUGACAGCAUUGACACAUUCCAAACAGGAAGUUACUGUUAUGUUGCCUUCACUGCCAGACAGUCCCAGGUUGUCAGUAAACCCAUCUGGCUGAAUGGAGCCCUGGAUGGUCUUGUAAUGGGGGGCAUGCAGGUUUUCGGGCUGCCCAAACAACCUCAGUAUGUGGUAGCGAAUGGGAAGAAAGUAAAGGAUUUUACAUAUAACAGCGAAAGUAAGGUUUUAAAAGUGAGCCAGCUGGAUUUGCCCAUGUCAAAGAUGUUUACUGUCCAGUGGGCACUGUGACGCACUGAUUACCCACAAUGCCACGUUUUUUAAAGGCGUUCCUUGUGGCAAGACAGAAUGUCCCGCCAUUGUUCUGGACUGUCCAUUGUUGGCCCCCAAAAGAGCUGAUGGCGGGAGUUGGUGGUCCAGACGUGAGCUUGUAGAUGUCCUUGCUAUGACCUGCUUGUCUCGCUCCGUCAGCGUCAAUCUCACUCAAUCAGCUGCAUGACACAUGCGUCGGGUUUCUGUAGUCAGCAGGCAUCCUGUAGUUGUUAUGACCUUAUCUGCCCGGUAUCUUGGCGCUGCAAAUUCGCAUCACUCCAAAUACUCAUACUUCAAAUAUAUUCUUGUUUUCUUAUGAUUUAAAUGCUGCUUAUUUCAUAUUGGGUGUGUUAGAGUAAUACAAACAAACAGUAAAUAUGAUAUAGGAUACUAUUCCCUUUACACUUUGACUGCAUUUGAUUGUGAUAUGUGUCCAGAUCAAUUUUUGACUCUAUUGAAUGUCUGCUGCCAACCUGCCCAGUCAAAAUGGAUUGGACAUCUAUUGCCGUCAAUUGUAGCCAGUAAGGGUGUAACGGUUCGUGUAUUCGUAUUGAACCGUUUCAGUACUUGGUGCUCGGUUCAGAACGGAGGCGUACCAAACGAGUUUCUGACGUAAUGUGACCCUUACUUUUCGAGGCUGUGAGUCAAUCUGGUUACAGUUUCUUUGUGUAGAUUAUAUUUACUCCGUCUUCUCUACUAUAAUGAGGACCAACACGGUAGGACAGUAAGAAACGUCAACGGCGCGACAGCGUGAACGCGGCCGUUAAAGUCAGUCAGCCAAUGCACACCAGUCGCAGUGCGGCCGCGCGAUAGACGCGUCCCAGAAGCUGCUCAAUGCGACGCACGCAAAAAGAACGAAUUUAUUAUUUGACGCGAGACGCGGCCCUCCUGCAUCAAUAGGGAAUGGGACGUACUACGUCACUGUUUGGACGCGCCUCCAUGCUGACAAUAUGAUUUACUUCCGGUUCGGCAGAGUCAAUGCGGAUUGUAACGUGUGGUAGUGCUAAACUAACUCCUUCGGUGUUUUAGAAAGAAAAUAUGGGCGUUUAUUGUUGCGUUACCGGGUGCAGCAGCGUCUCCCACAGACAAAAAGGGGUUAGGAAAAAUGGACUGACUUUUCACCGUUUUCCUGCAUGGAGGACCAAAUAUCAGAUCACGAAGGUACUACGGAUGGCUGGAUUGCAGCGGUUCGUCGGAAAAGCAUUUCUUAUGAUCAUAUUUCUGCUGGAAUGAGAGUAUUCCCCUCAUCUCUACUCUUGAAAACCUGCAUAUGAAAUGCUGACAACACAUCCCGAUUGGUCACCAUAUCUCUUCUUGGGUUAUUCUGAGGUCAAGCGCACCACAUCGGAGCGUUAUGAGAGGUUGGAAAGGCGAAGAGUGCACGCUGAAACUUCAGUUUGCUCUGCUCUUACAAACACGAUCCCAAGUGUUGUUGUGAAAAGUCAAUAAAAUAUGAAUACCAAAACAUGACUUGAACAACUUCUUGACAAACUGUAACUGCUUGUUGUUUACUUCAGGUCUUCAUAAUAAACAGGUGUAAUAAUUACAAAGUCAGGUGACUUAAUUUUGUUAUUCUAUUUGGAAUAUGCAUUGACAAUGUGUGGACAGUGUUGUAGACAAGAACUGGGACUGAUAAGUUGCAAUAGAUUUAUUUCAAGUAAUGCAACUUCUCCAAUACAGUAUUUGAGCUGACAGUUUAAAAUCUUUAAAUUAGUGCAAACAAGGCCCACCCUCUGACGGGGUCAGCAAAUAUUAUAUAAUUAUAAGUAAUAUAUACAAGUUUAACAUAAAUGUGUCUUUGUCAAAGCAGUUUAAAAACUAUUUACUGGCCUUGGGUAAAUUGCCAGACAGAAUAAAUAUGUGGUUUAAAGUUCUUGCAUUUCCAUUUUAAGUAUUGCAAGUACUAGUCUCCAACACAGUAUUUGAACUGACAGUUUAAAAUCCUUUUAGUACAAAAUGGCCCACACUCUGGCAGGGGGCAGCAAAUAUUAUAAUACAUAAUACAUUAUAAUAAGCUAUAUACUAUAUAAAUACAAGAUCACAACAAAACCUGUAUUUUUCAAAGCAGUUAAAAAACAUCCAGUGGCCUUAGGUAAAUAAACGUGUAUAAAUAUGUACUUUACAGUUCUUGCAUUUCUAUUUUAGGUAUUGCAACUUUUCCAACACUAUUUGAAUUGACAGUCUAAAGUCUACAUUAGUGCAAAUAAGAAUAUUAUAAAUUAAAAAUAAUAAUAGAAUAUAUAAAUUCAACAUUACAAUGAAACGUGUCUUUGUCAAAGUGAUUUAAAAAAACGUCACUGGCCAUAGUUAAAUAGCCAGGCAGAAUAAAUAUGUGCAUUACAGUUCUUGCAUUUUCACAAGUUAAAAGCCCGCAGUUCAUCGACGAGAAGGGCAGACCCAGAUGGCGUCUGCAGCAGGGGCUUGUUUGAGUCCGACACAGGACAAAUGGAACCACUCCAUUGAACAAAUUUUCUUUGUCAAAUGAUCCAAGAAGAGAGAUGGUGACCAAUCGGGAUGUGUUGUCAGCAGGUUUACCUAGGAACACAACAGGUAGGUGAGUCGUAGUAGGCGAGCAUUGCUACCGAGGCAGAUUUACACAACGG